CAGGAAGGAGAGUCCGUCCGGCGCUGCCCUCCCGCCGGCUCCUCUAACACCCCUUGCCGGUCCUCCAACCUCCCAGCGAGAAGGAAGCAAGAGCGUCCCCGGAAACCACCGAAACGCUGGGGUAGAGCGGCACACGUUUUUCCUCUUUGCUGACCCUCCUCGUUGGCCGGGCUCCUGCGCAAAAGAGCCUUGGGGUGCCUUCUGCUCGAGCCGCUGGCUGGAGCCGCACGAGGUCGGCGGCGGCUUUAGAUUGCAUUGACCCAGAGGUCUGAGACUCCUCAGUACAAUGACUCAAGCAGAAAUUAAACUGUGUUCUUUAUUGCUGCAAGAGCAUUUUGGAGAGAUUGUAGAAAAAAUUGGAGUCCACCUAAUCAGAACUGGCAGCCAGCCACUAAGAGUUAUUGCCCAUGACACAAGAACAUCGCUGGAUCAGGUUAAAAAAGCCCUUUGUGUCCUCAUCCAGCAUAACCUGGUGAUAUAUCAAGUGCACAAACGUGGUGUGGUGGAGUAUGAAGCCCAGUGCAGCCGGGUGUUGCGGAUGCUUAGGUAUCCCCGGUACAUCUAUACUGCCAAAACGCUGUACAGUGACACUGGAGAGCUGAUUGUUGAGGAGCUGCUGUUGAACGGCAAAAUGACAAUGUCAGCUGUUGUGAAGAAAGUAGCAGAUCGGCUCACAGAGACUAUGGAGGAUGGCAAGACCAUGGACUAUGCUGAGGUAUCAAACACAUUUGUGCGACUAGCAGACACACACUUCGUGCAGCGUUGCCCCUUGGUGCCUGCCACUGAGAAUUCAGACCCUGGGCCAUUGCCACCUGCCCCUAAUCUUGUCAUCAAUGAAAAGGACAUGUACCUGGUUCCUAAACUGAGCUUGAUAGGGAAAGGUAAAAGGAGGAGAUCAUCUGACGAAGAUGCUACCGGGGAACCCAAGGCCAAGAGACCAAAACACGCCACAGAUAACAAAGAGCCCAGCCCAGAUGAUGGGAUUUAUUGGCAGGCCAAUCUUGACAGAUUCCACCAGCACUUCCGUGACCAAGCCAUUGUCAGUGCAGUUGCCAACAGGAUGGACCAGAUCUUCAGAUCCCUCCCUGUUGGCUAUAACAUCUCUAAGCAAGUUCUUGAUCAGUAUCUCACUCUGCUGGCAGAUGAUCCACUAGAGUUUGUUGGAAAGUCUGGCGACAGUGGUGGAGGAAUGUAUGUCAUUAACCUACAUAAGGCUUUAGGAUCCCUGGCCACAGCCACUCUGGAGUCUGUCGUGCAGGAGAGAUUUGGAUCACGCUGUGCCAGAAUCUUCCGUCUAGUUUUGCAAAAGAAACACCUGGAGCAGAAGCAGGUAGAAGACUUUGCAAUGAUUCCAGCAAAGGAGGCAAAGGAUAUGCUUUAUAAGAUGCUCUCAGAAAAUUUCAUGUCACUUCAGGAGAUUCCCAAAACACCAGACCAUGCCCCAUCGAGGACCUUCUAUUUAUAUACUGUUAACAUCCUGUCAGCUGCCCGAAUGUUGCUGCACAAGUGCUAUAAGAGUGUAGCCAACUUAAUAGAAAGGAGGCAGUUUGAAACCAAAGAAAACAAGCGUCUACUAGAAAAGUCUCAGAGGGUAGAAGCCAUCAUUACAUCAAUGCAGGCUACAGGUGCAGAGGAGGACCAGCUACAAGAAAUAGAGGAGAUGAUCACAGCCCCUGAACGCCAGCAGCUAGAGACCCUGAAACGCAAUGUCAGCAAGUUGGAUGCCUGUGAGAUCCAGGUGGAUGAAACCAUCUUCCUGCUAGAAUCAUACAUCGAGAGCACCAUGAAGAGACAAUAACCCAGAAGAAAAGUCUUCCUCAAAAGAUCUGAAGAGUUUGGAAGGAGAAAUAAAGGAGGUGCCUAGAUGCAUUCUUUGCAACGGAUAAGUCGCAGAGUCUUGUACUGUAACCCCAUCUCCAUCCCUACCACCCAGAAUACACCAGGAAGAGUUUGACA